UUUUUUUCUUUUUCUUUUUGGAGACGGGAAUAAUUUCACAGAAACAGGAAUAUGAGAUCGGAGACACCGAGGGGUAGCCCGACCUUGUUUUUGGGUCUGAUGCUGUCUGUCUCCGCUAUCUGCAUAUGGUCUGCAUAUGGCGAGAUCUGUGGUCCAAGUAUUGACAUCCGCAAUGAGAUUCGUGAGUUCAAGCGACUGGAGAACUGCACUGUGGUGGAGGGAUACCUGCAGAUCCUCCUCAUCUCUGACAAGACCAGCCACCUCAACCAGGAGCUUUUCCGCUCCCUCAGCUUCCCCAAGCUGACCGUCAUCACCGACUACCUGCUGCUGUUCCGCGUCUCAGGCCUGGACAGCCUCAGCACGCUCUUCCCCAACCUGAGCGUCAUCCGUGGGCGCAACCUCUUCUACCACUAUGCCUUGGUGAUCUUUGAGAUGACCAGCCUGAAGGACAUCGGCCUGUACAACCUGAGGAACAUCACGCGGGGAGCCAUCCGGAUUGAAAAAAACCCAGAGCUCUGCUACCUGGACUCGGUGGACUGGUCCCUCAUCAUGAAUGAGUUCAGCAACGUUAUCAGUGGGAAUAAGCAGUCCAAGGAGUGUGAGGACAUCUGCCCAGGUAUCAUGGAGGACAACCCUCUCUGUCAACAGACCAUGUUCAACAAUAAGUAUGACUACCGCUGCUGGACCUCCAACCAGUGUCAGAAAGUGUGCCCAGACAACUGCAAGCAUGCCUGUACAGACAAGGGGGAAUGUUGCCACAGCCAGUGCCUGGGUAGCUGUACUGAACCCAACAAUGACAUGGCCUGCGCUGCCUGCCUCCACUACUACCAUGAGGGACGCUGUGUGCCAGACUGUCCCCCAGAUACCUUCAAGUUUGAGGGCUGGCGCUGCAUCACCAUGGACCUGUGCUCUCGCGUGCACCUGCCCGAAGACAGUCACUUUGUCAUCCACAGAGGAGAAUGUAUGCCUGAGUGCCCCUCUGGCUUCACACGCAAUGACACUAAUAGUAUGUUAUGCACCGCCUGCGAUGGCCUGUGCGAUAAGAUAUGCACAUCCUCGACCAUUGACUCUGUGGAUGCCGCUCAGUCUCUGAAGGACUGCACUGUCAUCAAAGGCAAUCUUCACAUUAACAUCCGCCGUGGAAAUAACAUAGCGUCUGAGCUGGAAACUUUCAUGGGAUUGAUCCAGACAGUGACGGGCUAUGUGAGGAUCCGCCACUCCCGCUCACUUGGCUCGCUCUCCUUCCUCAAGAGCCUGCGUUACAUCAAUGGGGAGGAGCUCAUGGAAGGGAUAUAUGCAUUCUCAGCCAUUGACAAUGAGCACCUGCAGUUCCUGUGGAACUGGACCCAGCACAACCUGACCAUUCGGGCUGGACGCCUCCUCUUCCGUCUCAACCCCAAACUCUGCAUGUCUGAGAUCCAUGAGAUGUGGAAGAGGACAGGCAUAAAAGAGAAACUAGAUCUGGGCGACUUCCGUAACAACGGUGAUAGAGCCAGCUGUGAAAGCCAUGUCCUGAAGUUCAAAUCCAACAGUACAACAAGCAACACGAUCAAGCUGACCUGGGAGCACUAUCAGCCGCAGGAGUAUGGAGACCUUAUCAGUUUUAUAGUCUACUACAAGGAAGCUCCUUUCCAGAACAUUACAGAAUUUGAUGGCCAGGAUGGCUGUGGCUCAAACAGUUGGAUCAUGGUCGACGUGGAUCUUCCUCCGGACAAAAACACUGACCCAAGAGUUCUGCUUAAACACCUAAAGCCCUGGACCCAGUAUGCCAUUUUUGUAAGGGCCACCACGCUGCAGGUGGAUGACAAACACAUUGCUGGGGCCAAGAGUGAUAUGGUCUACAUUCGUACCCGCCCAUCACAGCCAUCAAUGCCGAAGGAUGCCCGUGCAUACGCUAAUUCCUCAACCAAGCUGGUGGUGAAGUGGGCACCUCCUCUCGCUCCCAAUGGCAAUCUGACAUUUUACCUGGUGCGCUGGCAGCAGCAGGCUGAAGACAAGGAGCUCUACCAACACAACUACUGUUCCAAAGAGCUGAAGAUGCCUAUCCGUGUCUCAGCCACGGGAUUCUCAGAGAUGGAGGACAACACUAAGCCCACCAAGUCAGACCUGUCCGGGGCAGAGAAGGGCCCGUGCUGUGUUUGUCCGAAGACCCCUGAGGAAAAGGACCGAGAGAAAAUUGAACGACACUUUUUUAAAGUCUUUGAGAACUUCCUUCACAAUGCCAUCUUUCUGCCAAGACCUCCAGAUCGUCGGCGUAGAGAUGUCUUCGGGGUGGCCAAUAACACUCUGUUGCAUGAGGCUUUUGGUAGAGGGAACACCACCAUCCCUGGCCUGGAGGGAAAUUAUACAGAUGGUUUGCCUCCUGAUAGGGAAUAUGCCUUCCUAGAAGACAAGAUCACCACAGAAUAUAUGGACAUCUCCAACCUGCACCCCUUCACUGUCUACCGCAUUGACAUCCAUGCCUGCAAUGAAGAGGUGCGGCGCUGCAGCGCUGCCGCCUUCGUCUUCUCAAGGACCAAAGCAGCAGAUAAAGCAGAUGACAUCCCUGGAAAGGUGAUCUUUGAGAUGGAUGAAAAGGCUGAGGGUUGUGUGGUGCUGCACUGGCCAGAGCCCAUCACACCCAAUGGCCUCAUUCUAAUGUAUGAGAUCAAGUUUCGUCUGGGGAAUGAGCCUGAGAAACAUGAGUGUGUCUCGCGCCAGCAGUACCACGAGCACAAAGGAGCUCGGCUGACCAACCUGGGCUCAGGGAAUUACUCGGCCCGUGUGCGUGCCACCUCCUUAGCAGGAAAUGGCUCCUGGACAGACACCGUGUCCUUCUACGUACCCCCACCCAAACGAGACUAUGAUGUUACUUUCUAUCUGGUCAUUAUUAUCCCCAUUGUGGUGAUACUGCUCAUCGCCAGCCUUAUCACAGCGCUAUUCUUUGUCAACAAAAAGAGGAAUAGUGACAGACUGGGAAAUGGAGUCCUUUAUGCCUCUGUCAACCCCGAGUACUUUAGUGCUGCUGAAAGUAAGAACCAUCUCAAUGACAAAUACCACAGGUCUGUUCACUUUUCACCAUAUAGUAUUGUGUGUGGUGCUGACGCACUGUGUGUGGUGUUACCAGUGUAUGUCCCAGAUGAGUGGGAGGUGGCCAGGGAGAAGAUCACUAUGAACAGGGAGCUGGGCCAGGGCUCCUUUGGUAUGGUUUACGAGGGCAUCGCCAAGGGCGUGGUCAAGGAUGAGCCUGAGACACGUGUGGCCAUCAAGACGGUGAAUGAGACGGCCAGUAUGAGGGAGCGCAUUGAGUUUCUGAAUGAGGCUUCAGUGAUGAAGGAGUUCAACUGUCACCAUGUGGUGCGGCUGCUGGGCGUGGUCUCUCAGGGACAGCCAACCUUGGUGAUCAUGGAGCUGAUGACCCGUGGAGAUCUGAAGAGCCACCUGCGCUCCCUGCGCAAAGAAAACUCCACCAGCCAGGUCCUACCCCCACUGAAAAAGAUGAUCCAGAUGGCAGGAGAGAUCGCCGACGGCAUGGCAUACCUGAAUGCCAACAAGUUUGUCCACAGAGAUCUGGCUGCCAGGAACUGCAUGGUAGCCGAGGACUUCACCGUCAAGAUCGGAGACUUUGGCAUGACCAGAGAUAUUUAUGAGACAGAUUACUAUCGAAAAGGAGGGAAAGGCCUGCUGCCAGUUCGCUGGAUGUCUCCAGAGUCACUGAAAGACGGCGUGUUCACUACUAUGUCUGAUGUCUGGUCAUUUGGUGUGGUGCUGUGGGAGAUUGCCACCUUGGCAGAGCAACCUUACCAAGGAAUGUCCAAUGAACAAGUGCUGCGUUUUGUCAUGGAGGGAGGACUCUUGGACAAACCUGACAACUGCCCUGACAUGCUGUUUGAGCUGAUGAGGAUGUGCUGGCAGUAUAACCCCAAGAUGCGUCCGUCCUUCUUGGAGAUCAUCAACAGCAUCAAGGAGGAACUGGAUCCUCCCUUCAGGGAGAUGAGCUUCUUCUACAGUGAGGAGAACAAGCCGCCGGACACCGAGGAGCUGGAUAUGGAGGUGGAGAACAUGGAGAACAUUCCACUGGACCCUGCAUCCACCAGGCAGCCCUCUGCUGUCGUUGCCCCCUCAACGGGGUGUAUAGGAGGCACACCGCCCCCUCCUACCCAGCAGUUAUCCCCCAUACAAGGCCCUAGUACUCCUUUACUGGGACCUGCAUCUCCCUCAUCCCCUGCCCCGGCUGCCUCGGCGUCUCCGAGCCAAGCCAUGGACAAGCACUCAGGACAAGUUUCGGCCAAUGGGCCCAUGGUAGUGCUGCGGCCUAACUUUGACGAGAUGCAGCCCUAUGCACACAUGAACGGGGGCAGAAAGAACGAACGGGCUUUGCCACUGCCCCAGUCGUCGGCCUGCUGAUAUCAACCCCCUGUGGCCAGACCAGCCCCUCCUCCUCCUCUUACACAGGGUAACACAAACCUCUCCCCCAUCUCCUAAGGAGGAAUGGGAUGAGGUAAGGAAUGAUGGACAUUCUUCUACUGUAUGGCAGUAGAUGGUCUCUCCACUUCUUCAUGAUUGCAUUAUCAAGGUCAAAGAUGAAUCCUACAAACUAUGAAACAGCACAGAAACCUGCUAAAGCAUUUGGAGUAUGGUGGCUCAGACUCAACACUGGGGAACUCUGCGGUCUCCUUCCUGUGCAGCCUGUAUUGUACAGUUUUUGUUACUUAAGUCCUUUAAGAAGGAAAACAAUACAGGCAUUUAUCCUGACUUAUAGAUAUAGUGAGAUAUGAACUUAAGAAAAUAAUUUUUUAGCAUAUCUGCCAGCAAAUCCAACAGAAAGCACUUUUUCUGAUGAUUUCAGAGAGGAUGCUGUGGAUAUCUGAGUGUAUUUAUACCAUAGAAAUUGAAUGGUUCAUUCAAUUCCUAUGAUUUAUUCAAACACAUGAUUCUCUCUAUAAUAUGGUAUAGCUCCAUUUCUAAAAUAACUUUCUUUCAUGAGUGUCAGACUAGCUCAUGUCAUGUGAGGAAGCCUCAAAUAUGAAUUUUGGAUUUAUGGUCAUUGUUUUAUUUUCCUGUUGAUAUUUCUAUGCGUGUAGAUCCCUUCAGGAGUGGGUCAAAUGGAAGAGGGCCUUUUGUGUUUCUGCCAAACUAUUGCCAAAUCAAGCUUUCUCUUAAACAUAGUACAGGUCUCCCUUCUUGCGCUGAAGGCUGUGAUUCAGAGUUGAAAUACUGUAAGUGUGUGCAACUUGGAAUGAUACCAAAAUUGUCACGCUUAUCUUUGCUACUAGCUGCUCCUUCAGCAGCUGUGUGUGUGGGGUGGAGUGAACACAAAACAGAAUACAGCGUCUUGAGAUGCACUGCCUGUUUUCAGACCUUGAAGUUCUUGUAGAAUUUGCAGUAUCUGCACCACAAACAAAUGUAUUUUUUUGUUUUUCAAUCCUUAUAAUCCUUGUAAUAGUAACAUUGUCAGACCAUCAGAUGGUCUGACAAAAAGAUGUUCAAACCUGCAAAUUACAAAUUUAAAAUCCAGAAAUCCAACUUUAUUUUCGGUCUUGACAAGCAGAGGACAUUAGCUUCUGUUGGGAGAUAGUGUUUUAUUCGUGCACUUGAACCUUAACAAGAGUAUUUUUUUUUUCUUUUUUUUACAAAGGAUCAUUUCUCAUAUACUUUCAAAUGAUGAAAUGCAGGCUGCUCCUAAAAAUGGGCUAUGAGAAAAUUUCUGAGCCCUACACAAGUACAGAGGUAAUCAUCCACCCAGAUCUGAAUAUGAGCAACUUCCCUGUUGAUCUGUUGUAAUGUGCACAUGACUUCAGUCGGCCAGCUCCGAAUCACAGCCUCAGCCUGUCUUUGUUUCAACAUGUCAGAAAAAAAACAUCAAAGCAUCAUAAUUCUCACACUGCUUAUCACUGAAUUUCACAAUCAAGGGAUAGGAUUUUGCCUGUUCUGUCUCCACUUUCAUUUACCCAAACCCCUUAUCUGUCACCUUUGACUGUACAUUUCAUUUGAGAUGCUGUUCAAAUCAAAUGGACGCGGCACCAAAUACACUACAACAAAAUGCAGAUAAAGACCUGAGACAGAAUACAACAACGUCAUAGGCCAGUGAAGAUUUCAGGAGCCUAGAGAGAACUUUAAAGUCACAGCAGGUCUCUUUUAGAAUAGUUUCAAGUAUCUCUACAUUUCAAAGGUCUUACAGUUGUAUGUUAGACUGCAGGAUCAUUUUUAUACACAUCAUUGGUUUGUCACUUUUUUAACCUUUUUACGGUUCAAAUGUUCGCCUCUAUGUCUGUACAGAACAAAGCUGCUAUUUAAUUCUUUUUUUCUC